AUGAGCGGCAGUCUGCAUGGCGUCACCGCGAAAUGCAGGAAGUUCUCAGAGUUUCUUCUUGCCAUCGAUCUCGCAAAAGAUCUCGACCUGCCUCAAAUUGCCGCGCUCGGUGACACGUCGUCGGGCAAAAGCUCAGUCUUGAGCGCCAUGUCGUCAGUGGUGUUUCCUUCUCGAAGCGACAUCACAACAAGAUGCCCGACCAGACUGUGUAUGGAUACGGGCGAACAGUUUCAGUGCAAGAUGCAGGUCCUUUGGCAUUCAAAGCCAGCCUCGGGAAGCAACCCUGAGGUAAAGAAGAGCGUGACACAAGCUUCGGAUGUCACCGCAGCAAUCGAGGAGCUGCAAAAGAGCGUUCUAGAUCACGAGAAGACCGAAUCUGGCGUUUCCAAAAGCAUCAUUGAGAUCUGUCUGACGGGACCAAACUAUCCCAACCUCACGCUCAUAGACCUUCCGGGAAUCGUCCGCAGCACCGGUGAUGGUGAAAGUUUAGAAAUGAUACGAGACAUCCAAAGUGUGAUGGAGCAGUACCUGAACAACAAGAGAUGCAUUCUUCUCGCCGUCCAUCCUGCCAACAUCGACCGUCACAACAACGAAGUGUUUCGAUUGACCAAAGAGGUUGACCCAGAUUCCGCACGCACGAUCCCCGUCAUUACGAAGAUCGAUCUGGUCGAAAAAGGCACUGAAGGCAACGUAAUGAGGCUCAUCCAGGGUAAAGAGGCAAAGUUUUCUCUUGGAUUCAGCGUCGUCAAGUGCCGCACGCAGACGGAGCUUGAUCAGGGAGUUACCUUGGAAAAGAGUCUCGAACAAGAAAUGAUCUUUUUCAGAGAUACAUCGCCUUGGAAUCAAAUGAAACAAGACAACAUGUUCGGUAUCUCCAACUUGACGGGGAAGCUCAGUCAGAUCUACGUGGAAAUGAUUCAGUCCACGAUGCCGGCAGUU